AUGAAGAAUUUCCAUGGUUUCAUGUUGAAUGGAGGUGGCGGUGGCGGUGGCGGUGUAGAAGGCGGACAUGAAGACAUUGAUAGUGGAGAUGAAAGCAGAUCGGAACAUGGAGAGGAAGGUGGGUACGACUCUGUUGCCACAGGCGGAGAGGAGGGUGGAGAGAAAGCGGAGAGGACGGUGGAGAGAAAGUCCGGUGAAACUGAUACGACUCUGUUUGCUCCACAGGCGGAGAGGACGGUGGAGAGAAAGUCCGGUGAAACUGAUUCGACUAUGUUUGCUCCACAGGCGGGGAGGACGGUGGAGAGAAAGUACGGUGAAACUGAUACGACUCUGUUUGCUCCACAGGCGGAGAGGACGGUGGAGAGAAAGUCUGGUGAAACUGAUACGACUCUGUUUGCUCCACAGGCGGAGAGGACGGUGGAGAGAAAGUCUGAUGAAACUGAUACGACUCUGUUGCCACAGGCGGAGAUGACUGUGGAGAGAAAUUCCGGUGAAACUGAAACGACUCUGUUGCCACAGGCGGAGAGGACGGUGGAGAGAAAUUUUGGUGAAGCUGAUACGACUCUGUUGCCACAAGCGGAUAUGACGGUGGAGAGAAAUUCCGGUGAAUCUGAAAUGACUCUGUUUCCACAGGCGGAGAUGACUGUGGAGAGAAAUUCCGGUGAAACUGAAACGACUCUGUUGCCACAGGCGGAGAGGACGGUGGAGAGAAAUUUUGGUGAAGCUGAUACGACUCUGUUGCCACAGGCGGAUAUGACGGUGGAGAGAAAUUCCGGUGAAUCUGAAACGACUCUGUUUCCACAAGCGGAGAUGAAGAUGGAGAGAAAUUCCGGUGAAACUGAUUCGACUCUGUUUCCACAGGCGGAGAUGAAGAUGGAGAGAAAUUCCGAUGAAACUGAAACGACUCGGUUGCCACAGGCGGAGAUGAAGGUUGACAGAAACUCCGGUAAAGUUGAUACGACUGAGGAUACCACUGAAGAUCUGGUGGCGGAAAUGUCAGAUCUACCGGCGGAUAAACAGGGAAUGCCUGAUCUGCAAGCUCCAUGUAGUCUUCGUCGUUGCGAAACAGGUAGUGCACCAGAACCGCUAAACAGACUAUCGAAGCAAGAACCCUAA